UGACUCUAUACGUCAAGUUGUCAUGAUAUGAUGCAAGUAAAGCAUGUGGUGUUGCGGUAAAAAUGAAGGGGACUCUGAUAGCCCUUUCAGAGCCACCCACCGGGAUCAAAGAGAAGUCCGCUCUCGCUUCUUGGCAAAUCCGAGGCUAUCUGGACUACAUAUGUAUUUCACGGUUGAUUGCUGCUGUAUGCGCAUUCGCGGCUCAACUUCCGUAUUCGAAGUAUUCCCGUCCUCUCGAUUUUCGACUUUUGUCUUGUGCCAUGGUUGCUCAGCCUCUUUUAACGUAGCUCUUCCCCGCACUACCUAAGGCAUAGACAGCCAGCCAGCCAUUCAUAGAUGCACCCCUAUUAUAUGUCUUGUAAAAGAUUGAACACCUACUAUUUUGGUAAAUGCUUGGAAAGAUAGGUAGGUAGGUAGGUAGCUCGACUGGGUCGUGGUUUUCUUUACAGAAUUUAAUGAAACGUGACUUUGCAAUUAGCCAUGUUUUUGACCUCGGCGAUCAUGCGCCUCUCUCGGCGUUGCUUGUGAUAAACAAACGCAAUCGAUUAAUCGUUCACUCAGUCUCGUUGUUGGCAAACAAAAGAUAGGUAUAUAAGGCAAGACUCUCCAGGAGGGGCCGGUUGUCUGUCUGACCUACCUAGGUACAUACUCACCUUAUACUUUCCACUCAGUGAAACUGUUACGUGUCUCAACUGUAAUACAGGUCAUUUGUGGCGUGUCUAUACUCUGAGGAAGGACCAUACAUCUGCGCUUUGAAUCCUUGAUAGCGUCAUUUCGAUCCACCACCGUCUGCCAGCAACGCAGCCUUAUUACCUACUUAUCAAUACCACCAACAACCUACCAAACCGUGGUUUUUUUCUUCUUCUUUCUCCUCAAACAACAUCUAUACGGAUACUCACAUCUUGAUAUUCCCAUCAACCGCAACCGCAACACAACAAUGGCUGCCCCCGCUGAAAAGACCAUUUCUGACCUCAGUGGUAAAUGGGUUCUCAACAAGACUCUUUCCGACAGCUCUGAGCCUAUCCUCAGCUUACAGGGAAUCGGAUACCUCACUCGUAAGGGAAUUGGCUUGGCCACCAUCAGCCUUGAUAUCAACCAGUACAACGCCCCUCCCAAGCCCCCCAACACAUCCACCGACGUUUUCACCCACAUCGACAUCACCCAGUCUGCCUCUGGCCUGAGCAGCACUCAAGAGAACCGCUGUCUCGACUUUAACAACCGUGAGCACUCGGACUGGCUCUUCGGUGCCGUCAGGGGUCGAUCCAGGUUCGUCACUCUCGAUGAGAUUGAGGAGGACUUCCUCAAGACUGGCUGGCUUACCGAGGGCGACGGCAAGUUCGUCCAGAGCAUUGCUGAAAGCGUCAACAACGGCUGGGUCGCCAAUCAGAUCUGGGGCUUCGAGGAGAUCAACGGCGAGAGGAGAUAUGUGAGGCACAUCUUGGUGACCAAGGGUGACAAGAGGGUCACCGCCAAGCUCAUCUACGACUACCAGGCUUAGAGAUGGGAUUAAUUACUCCAGAACACUACUUGACCUAGUAUAGACGACCGACGGCCACAAUGCUUGAUUAUUGCUCAGUGACUCAUGUAAUAGUUGCUCAUGAGACAAAUAUAAUUUGACAGACCGAUAUGAAGUCAUCCUAGACUGAGUUUCUAUGCAACUGGAUCAGUUGCACCACCACACAACAUUUGUGUUCACCAAUGUGUAUUAGCCCACAUAUCGCGCUAUGUUGAAAGCAGCUUUCCUGCCUGGCUGGCUGUUAUGAGCCUGCUGUAGUCCCCCAUGAAUCCAGGAUGCCCAGGCCAUUUGUUUCCCUAACGCCCAUCCAUGAUGCUUGGUUCUUGUUUUCCCUUUGUCCCUUGCACUAUAUUCCCGCGGUCUUUGUUCCUCGGUAUUCGGGUCCCAGCUCUGGCGUUGAUAUCACAUGCUAAAAAUAACCACUUUACUCAGGUCUUCGCUUCACAAACUCCUCGAGGUCCUGUACUGUCGCGACGCCCAAGACGAACCUCCUCUUCUCAUCCGUGAUAACAGCGAAUUCCUGCUUCCAGGGUCCAUCGGACACGCCGCCACGGAAAAAGUUCUCAAGGUCCUCGAGGGUCGUUUCCAUCGUGAUGACCCGGUAGGUACGGCCCUUGCGCUGGAAGCGUGUCAUGGCGGCCGAGAGCUGAUCUUCGGGCUUGACCUUGCCUGAGUCGAGAAGGGACUGAAGGUGAGGGAUGGAUAUGUAGCCUAGCAACGCGCGGGUGUCGGCGUCGACGACGGUAAGAUGCGUGUAGUCGCGCUCAAAGGCGGACAUGAGGGCGAGAGAGAUGGCAUCGGAGGGGUUGAGUGAGAGUGCAGCCGGGGGGUCGAGGUCUUCGACAGUGGCCUGUGAUGCAUUAGCCGCAGCUCGAAGGAAUGGCAUUUUCCAAAGAAGCGAUCUCCCUAUAGCCUGGAGCGCAAAGUGGUGUCAUGAGAAGUACAUACCCCACGAUAUCGAGAAGACCACUUUGUAACCAAGGGCUGUGUCGCACCCGAUGUUGUGGUGGUGGCAGUAGUGGCGGUAGCAGUGGCCAUCUUAUAUACAAUAGCUAUUCUAAACUGGCUGGGAGAAGAGUUUGGCAGUGAUUGGUGCACAAGUUGGUUCAAUUUGAAAGGUUGGGGAGUUGAAGCGAUCGCGGGGCAGGAUUCUAUAUGGUCAGUCACCUAUUGGGGUCACGCAAAAUGCUCUAAUAGUUAGGUAUGGUGGGGCAGAGAGGGAAAAAUGGGAGCUUUUUUGUUAGCAUCAUGACAUGGGUCAUUCCAAUGGCGAAUCGACAAACACUUCUCUCUCAGCCAAGAGACUCUAUCUCUGGUGCUACUAUAACUAUUAUAUUCAAAAACUAGGGGCAUGAGUAGCUUGUUUGAAGUUGAAUAAUUGAACAUGCUUGGUUCGAGAUGACAGGAAUAUGACGGAUAUUAGCG